GUUACCAGACGCCGGUAAAGAAACCGCGCGCCCAUUGGUUGGGACCAUUUACAAGACGCAUGGCCAUUGGGUGGGCUGUAUGUGGAGACGGCCCGGGCUCUGUCCAGCGGCUGCUUGAAGAAGGGCGAGGGGAGGAGGAAGAGCUGCAGAGAAGUGAAGAAUGAAGACCCUGUGGGCUGUUCUGGGGCGGCCACCUUCCUGAUGCCAGGAAGGGGUGGGGUGUCUCCCUUCUUAGACAGGCCAUGGAGUGGCCCCUCCUUGAACGAACAUCUGAGGGGAACCCUCAGCCAAUGUCACACUUGGAGAGGCAGAUCAGACGGCGAAAGAUCCUCAUCUACAGGCCUUCAUCUGAGGAGCAGGAAUCCUCAGCCCUACUCCAGAAACCCAUCGAGACCGGGGGGGCAUGCCCCCUUCCAUGUGGCGAUGCCGAGUUGUCACCCAGCAAGAGGCAGCGGCUUCAACAGGGGUUGCCCCAAAUGGUGGAACCGAACGGGGAAGUUUGCGGCGCGGCGGGAGAGACCUUGUGGCGGGUGGCCUCUCCCAUGGAGAAGCAGCAGCGGAAGAUGCUGGCUGUCAACCUGGAGGACUUUUCAACAGCCCAAAUGCUUAAUGAUCCACAAGCGGGCUCUCCUCCCCAAAGACCUGACACAUCUCCCUGCGCAAAUCCCCCCCAGUCAGCAGCUGUGAAUGAAGACAGAGUUUCCUGGUCAACAAAGACACAAAGUAGUCCAGUGUGCAGAUCGUCUCCCCCUAAGGGCUACCCUCCAUCCCAUCGAGAGCCUCAAGAGAAGUUGGACCAUGCCCGCCAGCAACUGUGGGACAAGAGAGUGUGUCCCUCACGGUGUCGUGCUUCAGAGCGCCUUCACGCCAAGAGGCAGCGCCUUCAGAAGGGGGCUUCCCUUGCAAAUGGGAGUGAGGGGACAAAGACCUCCCUGCUGGAGGCGGCGCAUCAGCAAAUCCUCGCCACCAGUUUGGAGGCUGGUUCCUUGAGCCAAGCUCUGGUUGCCGGCGUUGGCAAGGAGCAGCCGGAGACCUCCCCAGCCCCCUGUGGGAGUGAUCAGCUGAUGCUGCCUCUCCAACCAUCUCCAAAUGGGGACACCCAAACCCCUCGAGACCCACAAGAACAGUGUAAUCAAACAGAUGUGUCCACUGAAGCUCCGUCCUGGCUGCCUUCAGCCUCUGCUCUAUUGCGUCCAUCGGCUGCCUCCCGUUUCCGGCACUGGGGUCUGGCCCCUGUCUUCCAGAGCGUGCGCUCCAAGCUGGAGGCCUUUGCUGACAUCUUCCUGACCCCGUCCAAGCCAGCCGUGCUGUCCACUGAAGGACCCUCGUCCCUCCCUCCCUGCCCCCCUGAGGAGCAGGAGGCAGCCGAGCCGAGGACACCCCGCCAAAGAGUCAACAUCGAGGUGAAAAUCGCCAUUUCGGAACCACGCCCCCGGAAGAGGAGCUGCCAGCACGAGGAGGAGGAAGAGGAGGAGGAAGAGGAGAUGGGUGACGCGGUGGUGAGCGGGCGGCCCCCUAUCCGCCAGUGGCGCCUGAACAAAGGGCACCCAGCCUCUCAGCCCCGCCUCGGACGCAGCUAUUCUUGCCCUGACUUCCCUGAUGCCCGCUUGUGGCAAGCCUCCCCUGUGGCCCUUUCGCUCUCUGCGCAGCUGCGACAGCGUCGCCACACCGUCUGCAGCCUGGAAGUGUCCCGGGAGCUGGGCCGCCCCACCCCACCCUGCCUGCGCAAGGAGGUGUAUCCUUUCAGCACACCCCCUGCACACUUCUUGCUGGGUCCCUCCGUGCACGUUCCCCACUGCGAUGGCUCCCCCUACACCUCCCAUGUGCCUUCCUGCCACCGUGAACCAGACACUGUCCAUUCCAGGGACCUCUCUCCCUCGCCCGAUCAUGGACGGAGGGCGCCUGGGGUUGGCUUGGACGUGGUCGACUCAGAGUUGCUCACGUCGGAGCAGAUGAUGCUUUCAGAAGUUGAGAUGAAGGGAUCCCAAGACAACACCGUAGGGAAGGUGUCCUCCAUAAGGAUCCGCAAGACACCGUCCAAGCAGCAAGCAAAUCUCACUCCCAUGGGGCUUCCCCGGCCCGUCAGGUUGAACAAGAAAGAGUUCAGCCUGGAGGAGAUCUACACCAACAAGAACUACCGCACACCCACAGAGAAGAGGUCAUUUGAGACCAUCUUUGAGGUGCCUCUGGAACGCAAUGGAGCGCUCAUUUUCACCAGCCAGCGCAAGCUGAAGCGGGCCAUGGAAUUCCAGGAGGGAGGCCUCCCUCGCAAGCAGCGCAAAGCCCACUCCCGAAGGCGUCGCAAGGCAGCAGGAGGGCGGAGGGUAAAGAAGCCUCAGAGUCCAGAGCUGGAGGAGAAGCUGCAGCAGCGGCUGGCUGAACUGGAUGCCCUGUUUGAGGGAGAAGAAUGCUGAGAUCUGAGCAGAGGCUAAAGGAAAAGGCAGCACCCCGAGGAGCCCAAGCAAAAGAGGUUGCUGGUGUUGUUGUUGUUGUUUUUAAAAAAACUCUACCGAAGUCACCAAUACCACUCCAAGUUUCUCCUGUGGUACUGUUUAUUCUCCACUUUCCCAUCAAACCAGCCUUCUGUGCCUGUUGCCUCCUCCUCCCUUGAUCACUCUCUAAGCCACAGGCUUUGCUGCUUUGAAAAGUGCCUGGGUGCCUAUCUGUGCCACCUGGCCCAGCCAGCAUGCUGCCUGCUCUGGCACCACGCGAAUCCCCUUUUGCUUGGCUCUUUGGCUCGCAAGCGGAAGGGGAAGAAUGUUUGUGGUGCCCCAGAGUUGCCCGUCCUCUGCCCUCUUCCUCCUGCGCCCAGUGCCCAGCGCCAUUGUGCCAUCUGCGAGAGACUUAGGUGAGCAAGGGAUGGGCCUAGCCAAGUGAGGGCCUAGUUGCCUUUUCUGGAGCGGCCAUCGCCAUCAAACCAAAUAGGAAUGCAGAACCGAUGUUCCUGUUGGACGGGAAGGAGAAAGAAAAAAGGGACUGUGUGAAAGAAUCAGCAGGAG